AAAUUCAUACGAGAAUCACCCGCAAAAAUUCUCAAUCGAUGCUGCAUAGACACUCUCGAAUUAAGCUCGGCUUGCUGGCAAGCUCCGAAUAAUGAUACCGACGCAAAGAAAUCAAACAGCCCGCAGCGGCAACCAGAAAGGGUCUUGCGACGGCAAAUGGUGUCAAGUCCUCCCAUCGGCAAGCCCGCGCACGCAUGGCAACGGACAAGUUGCUUUCCUUGCUUUGUGCAGCCUUUCUGCUCUACGUGACUCUUGCUACUUCCACCAGCGACACCGAUCUCGCUAGUAUCUUGGAAUCGCCCGGAGAUGUCAGCUAUAUGGUGGAAUUUAGCUUCACCUCUUCCGGGACUUGGAAGGGACAAUUCCCGGUCGCGGUCUCGAAACCCAAUACUCCCUGCAUUUUCACAAUAAGGAACGGCAAGUCUUCAAAUUAUGUUGUCGACUUUGAAAGCAGGCCAUAUACGAGCUGGGUCCGCGGUCAAUACCGAACGCUCAUCAAUCUUAAAGUGCGCGUGCGUCCGCCCCACUCACACUUCAACUUGUGCUGCGUCGGGACUGCAGAUAUCACGUUUCGCGUGUCCCGUACCGAACACGGCCGCGAGAUAUCCGUCAGCUUCAAAUGCGGGCCGCAGUAUGCACUCGAAGGCGCAGACUGCCAAGGUAGCUACUCAGGACCGUCAGAAGUGCUAUCGACGGCCAAUCUGGAGGUCUGGCUGUCAAGUCGGGCACAGGAAGGAGUUGUGGCAUAUCGCCUCAUCUACAACGGAACAGCGGUUUGCAAAGUAGGCGGAACAGAUGGCACGCGCGCAGUCUCGAUGAAGGGCGACAUGACAGUGUAUGGUAACCCGAUGACAAGAAAGUUCGAAGUGCACGCCACCAAGCCUAAGAAUGGCUUUGCUACAAAAGAGAUUGACGACAAAACGCGCCAUCACGGUGUGCGGGUCGAAUUCUCUGCUUGGGUACCUCUAUACCUCGAGGAAUGGCUAUGGCAUCCGUGCUGCGGCAGUAACUACGAACGUAGUGGAGAGCUCAGUCUCGACCGUUGGCAUUACGAAAUUGCCUUUCCGCCGCCCAAAGUCUAUCAAAUGAUCUGCACAAAUCAAGCGGGUCCCUUCUGCGAGGUCUUUGAUACAGUCUCCGUCAUCAGCUGCUACGCGCUGCAGUCUCAUAUAGCUAUCAUCAACCCAUUCGACAACUCGCAUUAG